AUACUACACGACAGCAGCUUUAGGACAGCCCCCUCAGUGGAUGCUGGUGUCCUUGUCACUUAACUCGGCUCAGUCAGCAGCACAAAGCACUCCAGACUCUCUACUACUUCCACUGCACACCUGGAAUCAGUCACUGGACAACCUCCAGCCAUGAGCAAUGAUGAGGACUGGUAUCAGCGCUACCUGGACAUGCAAAAUGAAUAUGACUAUGAAAACACGACUGACGCGAGUUACGUGCAAAGUAAGCCUGUCCAGCUCUGUUCGAAGGAAUCCCUCAACAACUUUGGUGCGACAAUCAUCCCAGUUUUCUACUAUGUCAACUUCCUCCUGAGUUACCUCGGCAAUGGGCUCGUCCUCUUCAUCAUCUACAAGUACGAGGAGCUCAAAUCAGUGACAAAUAUCUUCCUCCUAAAUUUGGUCCUCUCCAACAUUCUCUUUGCCUCCAGUCUCCCCUUCUGGGCCACAUACCAUAUGUCUGAGUGGAUUUUUGGUCUGGCUUUGUGUAAGAUAGUAAGCAGCGCCUACUUCAUUGGUUUCUACAGCUCCAUCCUCUUCCUCACUCUUAUGACUUUUGACCGAUACCUUGCAGUGGUGCACGCGGUGGCAGCUGCCAAGAGCAGGAAAAGAGCAUAUGCCAUCAUUGCAUCCAUGGUAGUUUGGUGCAUCAGUAUCAUAGCAAGUAUCAAAGAGCUAGUUCUCAAAAACGUGUCAGAGAAUCAAUUCUCUGGGCUAAUGUGUGACGAGUCAGGAUACCCUGACAGCACCAUGGCACGCUGGCGUCUGGUCACGUAUUACCAACAAUUCCUGCUCUUCUUCCUUCUCCCUCUGUUCAUGGUGAUGUACUGCUACAUCAGCAUCACCAUACGCAUCCUAUCCACCCGCAUGAAGGAGAAGUGCCGUGCCAUCAAGCUCAUUUUUGUCAUCAUCUUCACCUUCUUCGCCUGCUGGACGCCCUACAAUAUCGUCAUCCUCCUUCGAGCUAUUCAGAUCUCCAACCCAGGUGAGGGUGUCAGCAUGUGUUCUGAAGAGGAGAGUUUGGACUACGCAUUGUACAUGACCCGGAACAUAGCCUAUCUGUAUUGCUGCAUUAGUCCUGUGUUCUACACAUUUGUUGGAAAGAAGUUCCAGAGUCACUUCAGAAGGCUGAUGGCAAAGAAUAUCCCCUGUCUGAAGAGACAUGUGAGCCUCAACAGCCAGAGCACCAGAACCACAUCACAGAAGACACCACAUUCUACUUAUGAGUACUAGUUCUAGACACACACACGCACACACAUGCACACACACACACAGACACACCUUCACCUAUGUAACCUAACUGCUUUUGUCAAAGCAAUUGACAGAAUGUUGUUCUGGAUUAAAUCACUUUAUUCAUUAUUCAUUAGGAAAAAAUGGGCACACUCUUUAAGGAUCUGUAAAACAAAUCUCUACAAUGUGGACCCUAUUCCUUUCUCAUGCUAAACAGUUACAUUUCCCUGCAGCUUUACAGUUGCAUGCCACCUUUGUUGGAUGGUGAUGAGGAAAUUGCAUAUUUGGUCAUAUUAACAAGCACUGUCUGACCUAGUUGACCUGUAAAUACUGGCACCAGCACCUGUUUUUGUUUCUCUUGUUCAUUUUAUAAGCUUGUUUCCUUUUCUGAUUUGUUUGUUUGUUUUUGGUAUCCAUGUGGGAAUAUGUGAUUCAUAUAACAUAUUAAGCAAUCUGCAAGUGCAAUUAUUCUGUCAAUGCUGAUUAUUCUAACAGAAAAAAGUCAAAAAGAAGAUACAAAAUUAUUAAAGAUAAUUUCUCUAUUACAUCCAUAUACUGAGUGUUCUAAUCUUGCUGAGUUUAUGUUGGAUGCAAAGGUCAUUUUGAAUGAAAUGUGAUGCAUUUGAUACAUCCUGUCUUUUGAAUAAAAUACAUUAUACUAAAGUGCUUUAAAA